UCACUUUGUCACCUACAUGUUGUUAUGUAACUUUUGCAAUGGUGUUGUAGAUAAUUGCUCAUCUCUGGAAGCUGGGUUACGCUCCUGAGGACAUGAUUACGAACAUAUUCAAGGUCAGCAAGGGGCUGGAUAUUGCAGAGACUAUAAAGCUGGAGUUUGUUCAGGAGAUCGGUUUGGUACACAUGCGGAUCGUGGAAGGCUGCAAUUCACUGCUGCAGUUGGCUGGACUGCUGGGCAAGUUGUGUCAAAAAGCCAAUGCUCUCACUGCCCAGUAAGUUUUUCUACUAAUAAAUUUUUUUGUAUAUACAUUUUCUUGAAAUUAAACAUUUUUAUUACA